AUGUCGUCCAAACAGCCCCAAGCUUCGUUGUUUCAGGUCUACCUUCGUCUGCGACCUCCGAUUGCGCAGAAUCACGACGAAAACGAGCGAUUCCUCACGGUCGAGUCACCAGAGGCAUCUCAAAAUGACGGCGAGAUUGUGGCACCGGUUUCAACCCAUAUCACACUGCAACCGCCCAGUGCUUCUCGAAAGCGUGCAAUCGAGAAAUUCGCCUUCACCAAGGUCUUUGAAGAGAACGCCUCACAGGUGGAUGUCUUCCAUGACACUGGCAUGGAGUCAUUGGUGAGGGGAGUCUUGAAGGAAAGCCGCGAUGGAUUGGUUGCGACACUGGGAGUUACAGGCAGUGGAAAGAGCCACACCAUCCUAGGAUCCAAGUCCCAGCGGGGUCUUACCCAAAUGGCCCUCGAUGUCAUCUUCCGGUCACUGGAGCCCACCGUGAAAACCGAGGACGGCAGCAUCAGUCCCAUGAUGCUCGCUUCUUUGGCCGCUUCUGAUGCUUCAGAGGCACAGAUUUUCUCUGCCCAGACAUUCCUGGACGCCGUCUACGGCGACCCCAAUGGAGGUCGCAACUCGAGAGCCCAAACUCCUAUGAGCCCUGGCCGUGCACACACCCCACUGACGGUACGGACACCCCAUUUCCUGAAUAGCCCCCAAGGAUCACACUCCUCGCGUCCACCCGCUCCUGGAACCGGUCUUCCCAGAUCGCAUAGAUACACUGGAAGCCCUCAAAAGGCGGACCUGAUCUUGGGUCCCAUCGGCAAGGAUCGAUCCGGUCAAGGCCUACAAUCGACUGAGCACUUUGGGAGGAUAACCCCAGGGCCCUUCAAUCCUCUUCCCUUUACACGCCCCAAUCCAUAUGAUAGCCGUUUAGCUAAAUCACGACUCUACGUCUUCCAGGAACCAACCCCUGCAUUGGUAUUUCCCCGCCGCCAGCAGCGUGAGCGACCUGUUACCGCGCCGAGAAUACCCGACGUGAGCCAUCUAGCCGUGGACUUGAAUGCGAACGCCGACUACGUGGUUUUGGUAUCCAUGUACGAGGUCUAUAAUGAUCGAAUCUUCGACCUCUUAACUCCAUCGAUUGUCCCUGGUCAGGGAAGCGCCAUGUCACGUGGAAACAGCCAAAAGGAUCGACGUCGCCCAUUGCUGUUCAAGCCUACUGAGGGCUCACCCGACCGAAAGCUUGUCGCAGGGCUCAGAAAGAUUGCCUGCAGCUCCUAUGAGGAAGCAUUGGCUAUCCUCGACGUUGGUUUGACGGAACGAAAAGUUACCGGCACUGGAGCAAACAGCGUCAGCUCCCGAAGCCAUGGUUUUUUCUGCCUUGAGGUCAAGAAACUGACACAUAGCAAACGCUACGGGGAGGCCAACUGGGUUGGAAACACCCUUACUGUUGUCGACCUGGCCGGCUCUGAGCGAGCGAGAACGGCGAAAACUGCCGGCGCUACUCUCGCGGAGGCCGGCAAGAUCAACGAAAGUCUGAUGUAUUUGGGACAGUGCCUCCAGAUGCAGAGCAAUUUGCAGGAUGGAAUCAAGACUGCUCUCGUUCCUUUCCGCCAAUGCAAAUUGACGGAGCUCCUGUUCUCCAACUCCUUUCCUUCGUCCAACCAAAUGUCUCGAGGUCUCCACCCACAAAAGGCUAUCAUGGUUGUGACAGCAGAUCCCUUGGGUGACUUCAAUGCCACUUCGCAGAUCUUGCGCUAUUCUGCGUUGGCCCGCGAAGUCACUGUUCCCCGAGUGCCCUCGCUCACUGAAUCCAUACUGUCGGCUGUCUCAAGCAAGGAACGAUCGGCCAGCGGACGUACCUCGCCAAACGUUGCUCAGAUCGAAGAAUUGGAGCGUGCUGCAGCGGAGAUCACGAGGCUCACAAAGGAUUGCCACGGUCUGGCUGUGAGACUUGCCGAGGAAGAGAUCGCACGAUCCGAGCUAGAAAUCAGACUUGCAGCUGCUGAGGACCGAUGCGUUAUGAUUGAACAAGAAGUCCGCGAAGAGUGCUGGGCUGAGAUGGAUGAGAUGAUGGAAGCAGAGCGGAAACGGUGGCAGACGGCCUGGGAUGAACAGUCUGGCCGUAAUGACGAGCACAUCGAUAAGAAGAUCGAGCUGGUUUCUCGAGGAUUUAACAUUUUUGAAGAUCCCGAGCCAACCUCCGAUCAGAAAGUGCAAGAUCUCGAGGACGAGAAUGAGCAGCUCCGCCGCCGCGUUGCAGCUCUUGAGCGUGAAAUGAGUUCUCAGUCACCCACGCGUAAGCCUCGAUCCAAGCAUGUCCCGCCCAGCCGAUCAUCCAAUCUCCUGGGCCGAGAAAGCGACAUUGAGAAUGCGUUGCAACGCAUGAACCAGUUGAACCUCACAGACAGCAUGUUCACACCUUCCUCACCAACUGCCUCGCCUGGCAAGAAACAGAGAAAAUUGCCAACCAGGAAGUUCGACUUGGCUCCUGAGAACGAGAUUUAA